AUGAGAGAAAUCCUACACAUUCAGGGAGGUCAGUGCGGGAACCAGAUCGGGUCCAAGUUCUGGGAGGUGAUAUGCGACGAGCACGACGUGGACCCCGUCGGAAAGUACAAGGGCGACGGGUCGUCCGGCACGGAGCUGGAGAGGAUCAACGUCUACUUCAACGAGGCGUCCGGCGGCAGGUACGUGCCGCGGGCGGUGCUCAUGGAUCUGGAGCCCGGGACUAUGGAUUCCAUCAGAUCCGGGCCCCUCCGGGCCUCCGCGAAUCUGGCCCGUGUAUUGGCCUGGGCCGCAAUAUCAGUUAACGGCCCGGACGGGUCAAACCCAAAAUCCUCCCCAGCACAGAUGUUGAGAUCCGGGAUCCCGAGUGGGCCCACAUCGCUGACAGUACCAAGCCCAUCACGGGAUCGGUAG